ACUGAGUCUGUGUGAGGGAGCGAAAUGUGUAUGUGAGGUCUUGGGGUGAGGCGGAGGGUAGAAAAGGGGCUCCCUCAGGGACGAGGGACAAAAGGGGAGGUGAGGCAACCUAGGCCACGGAGGCCUGGCGACAGGAAGCCGCCCCGAGCCGGGCUACCGGGUAGGGAAAGGGCCCGCGCAGUCCUCCCGGGGCUCCAGAGCCGGAGUCGGCCCCACAGGCUCGGGCGGACGGCUUCCUACUUCCUUGACCGCCCGGGCUCGCGGGCCUGAAGACUGGCUCGGCGGGGCUGGGCGGCCGUGAGGGGCAGACCCGAGCAGCUCCCGGUGUCUCGCUACUCCAGUGCUGAGGAACUCUUCAUUUCUUCCCUCUCUCCUUCACCCCCCACCUCAUGUAGGAGGGUGCUGCGGAGGCGAGAGGGAGGAGGAGCCUGGCCUACGGUCCCUUCUCUCCCCACCCCCUUUUAGGGGCUCUUCGGUGGGCGUGGAGUUGGGGCUGGGGGGAGGGUGGGGCUUUUUGGAGUGCCGGGGAACUUUUUCCCCUUCUUCAGGCCCGGGGAAAGGGAAUGCCCAAUUCAGAGAGACAUGGGGGCAAGAAGGACGGGAGUGGAGGAGCUUCUGGAACUUCGCAGCCGUCAUCGGGAGGUGGCAGCUCCAACAGCAGGGAGCGUCACCGCUUGGUGUCGAAGCACAAGCGGCAUAAGUCCAAGCACUCCAAAGACAUGGGGUUGGUAACCCCCGAAGCGGCAUCUCUGGGUACAAUAAUCAAACCAUUGGUGGAGUAUGAUGACAUCAGCUCCGAUUCAGACACCUUCUCAGAUGACAUGGCCUUCAAAUCAGACAGGAGGGAGAACGAUGAACGCCGUGGAACGGAUCGGAGCGACCGCCUGCACAGACACCGUCACCACCAGCACCGGCGGUCCCGAGACUUGUUAAAAACUAAACAGACCGAAAAAGAAAAAAACCAGGACGUCUCCAAAUCUGGAUCUAUGAAGGACCGGAUAUCAGGUAGUUCAAAACGUUCAGUUGAGGGAAAUGAUGAUUACGGGAAGGCACAAAUAUCCAAAAGCAGCAGCAAGGAAUCCAGGUCGUCCAAAAUGCACAAGGAGAAGACCCGGAAAGAACGAGAGCUAAAGUCUGGACACAAGGACCGGAGUAAAAGUCAUCGGAAAAGGGAAACACCCAAAAGUUACAAAACGGUGGAUAGCCCUAAACGGAGAUCCAGGAGUCCCCAUAGGAAAUGGUCUGACAGUUCCAAGCAAGAUGACAGCCCUUCUGGAGCUUCUUAUGGCCAAGAUUACGAUCUUAGCCCCCCAAGGUCUCAUACUUCUAGCAAUUAUGACUCCUACAAGAAGAGUCCUGGAAGUACCUCAAGAAGGCAGUCAAUCAGCCCACCUUACAAAGAGCCUUCUGCUUACCAGUCCAGCACUCGGUCACCCAGUCCCUACAGCCGACGCCAGAGGUCUGUGAGUCCCUAUAGCCGGAGACGGUCCUCCAGCUAUGAAAGGAGUGGCUCUUACAGCGGGAGAUCACCUAGCCCCUAUGGCCGAAGGCGAUCUAGCAGCCCUUUCUUGAGCAAGAGGUCUCUGAGUCGGAGUCCAAUCCCCAGUAGGAAAUCCAUGAAGUCCAGAAGUAGAAGUCCUGCAUAUUCAAGACACUCAUCUUCUCAUGGUAAAAAGAAGCGAUCCGGGUCACGCAGUCGUCAUUCCAGUAUCUCACCUGUCAGGCUUCCAUUGAAUUCCAGCCUGGGAGCUGAACUCAGUAGAAAAAAGAAGGAAAGAGCAGCUGCAGCAGCAGCAGCAAAAAUGGAUGGAAAAGAAUCCAAGGGUUCACCUAUAAUUUUGCCUAAAAAAGAGAAACUUGAGGUGAAGGAAUCAGGGUUAGAGUCUAAAAAGUUACCCAAAGGUAUAAAGUCAGAAAAAUCUACCCCAGAUACUGAACUGGUAAAUGUAGCACAUUCAAACAUAGAGGUAAAAAAUUGUUUAGAUACAGGGAAAGUAAAGUUGGAUGAGAACUUGCAGAAGCAUCCUGUUAAGGAUUUGAAAGCACAGGGAACAAAGGACGCUAAACCUGUAGCACUGAAGGAGGUGAUUGUUACUUCAAAGGAGACAGAGACAUCAGAAAAGGAGACCCUUCCACCUCUCCCCACAAUUACUUCUCCACCCCCUUUACCAUCUACUACCCCUCCACCUCAGACACCCCCUUUACCACCUUUGCCUCCACUACCGGCUAUUCCACUGCAGCCACCUCUGCCUCCUCCCCAACCACCAUUUAGUCAAGUUCCUGUUUCAAGUACUUCAGCUUUACCCUCUUCUCCUCACCCAAGGACAUCUACUCUAUCCUCUCAGACAAAUUCUCAGCCCCCUGUACAGGUUUCUAUGAAGACUCAAGUAUCAGUAACAGCUGCUAUUCCACACCUGAAAACUUCAACAUUGCCUCCUCUGCCCCUCCCUCCCCUAUUACCUGGAGAUGAUGACAUGGAUAGUCCAAAAGAAAUGCUUCCUUCAAAGCCUGCAAAGAAAGAGAAGGAGCAGAGGACUCGCCAUUUACUCACAGACUUGCCUCUUCCUCCUGAGCUACCAGGCGGAGAGCCAUCUCCCCCAGAUUCUCCAGAGCCAAAGGCAAUUACACCACCUCAACAACCAUAUAAAAAGAGACCAAAAAUUUGUUGUCCUCGUUAUGGAGAAAGAAGACAAACAGAAAGUGAUUGGGGGAAGCGCUGUGUGGACAAGUUUGACAUUAUUGGGAUUAUUGGAGAAGGAACCUAUGGCCAAGUAUAUAAAGCCAAGGACAAAGACACAGGAGAACUAGUAGCUCUGAAAAAGGUUCGGCUAGACAAUGAGAAAGAGGGUUUCCCAAUCACAGCUAUCAGGGAGAUCAAGAUUCUUCGUCAGUUGGUUCAUCAAAGUGUUGUAAACAUGAAGGAAAUUGUCACAGACAAACAGGAUGCACUGGAUUUCAAGAAGGACAAAGGUGCCUUUUACCUUGUAUUUGAAUAUAUGGACCAUGACUUAAUGGGACUGCUUGAAUCAGGUUUGGUGCACUUUUCUGAGGACCAUAUCAAGUCAUUCAUGAAACAGCUAAUGGAAGGACUGGAUUACUGUCACAAAAAGAAUUUCCUCCAUCGGGAUAUAAAAUGUUCUAACAUUUUGCUGAAUAACAGCGGGCAAAUCAAACUGGCAGAUUUUGGACUUGCUCGGCUCUAUAACUCUGAAGAGAGUCGCCCGUACACAAACAAAGUCAUUACUCUGUGGUAUCGACCUCCAGAGCUGCUGCUUGGAGAAGAAAGAUACACACCAGCCAUUGAUGUUUGGAGCUGUGGGUGCAUCCUUGGUGAACUUUUCACAAAGAAACCUAUUUUUCAAGCCAAUUUGGAACUGGCUCAGCUAGAACUGAUCAGUCGUCUCUGUGGUAGUCCUUGUCCUGCAGUGUGGCCUGAUGUUAUCAAGUUGCCCUACUUCAACACCAUGAAACCGAAGAAGCAAUACAGGAGACGCCUAAGAGAAGAAUUCUCUUUCAUUCCUUCAGCGGCGCUUGAUCUAUUGGACCACAUGCUGACACUGGAUCCUAGCAAGCGUUGCACAGCUGAACAGACCCUACAGAGUGACUUUCUUAAAGAUGUGGAACUCAGCAAAAUGGCACCUCCAGACCUACCUCACUGGCAGGACUGCCAUGAAUUGUGGAGUAAGAAACGUCGACGGCAGCGACAGAGUGGCAUUGUGAUAGAAGAGGCACCUCCAUCCAAAGCUUCUCGAAAAGAAACUACCUCAGGGACAACAGCUGAGCCUGUGAAGAACAGUAGCCCAGCCCCACCUCAGCCUGCUCCUGUCAAGGCAGAGCCUGUUCCAGGGGAUGCAGUAGGCCUUGGUGACAUCACACAGCAGUUGAAUCAAAGUGAAUUGGCAGUGUUAUUAAACCUGCUUCAGAGCCAAACUGACCUGAGCAUCCCGCAGAUGGCACAGCUGCUUAAUAUCCACUCCAACCCAGAGAUGCAACAGCAGCUUGAAGCCUUGAAUCAGUCUAUUAGUGCACUGACUGAAGCCAGUUCCCAGCAGCAGGACUCAGAAUCCAUAGCCCCAGAAGAAUCAUUGAAGGAGGUACCUUCUGUGCCUGUGGUCCCGCCUCCUGCUGAACAGACAACUCCUGAAGCUUCAAACACACCAGCUGACAUGCAGAAUAUGUUGGCAGUUCUCUUGAGUCAGCUGAUGAAAACCCAAGAGCCAGCAGGUAACCUGGAGGAAAACACCAGUGACAAGACUAGCGGGCCACAGGGGCCCCGAAGAACUCCUACAAUGCCACAGGAGGAGGCAGCAGCAUGUCCUCCUCACAUUCUUCCACCAGAGAAGAGGCCCCCUGAGCCCCCUGGACCUCCACCGCCGCCACCUCCACCCCCUCUGGUUGAAGGCGAUCUUUCCAGCGCCCCCCAGGAGUUGAAUCCCGCCGUGACAGCCGCCUUGCUGCAACUUUUAUCCCAGCCUGAAGCAGAGCCUCCUGGCCACCUGCCACAUGAGCACCAGGCCUUGAGACCAAUGGAGUACUCCACCCGAUCCCAGCCAAACAGGACUUACGGAAACACUGACGGGCCUGAAACAGGGUUCAGUGCCACUGACACUGAUGAACGCAGUUCUGGUCCAGCCUUGACAGAAUCUUUGGUUCAGACCCUGGUGAAGAACAGGACCUUCUCAGGCUCUGUGAGCCACCUUGGGGAGUCCAACAGUUACCAGGGCACAGGGUCAGUGCAGUUCCCAGGAGACCAGGACCUCCGUUUUACCAGGGUUCCCUUAGCAUUACACUCAGUGGUUGGGCAACCAUUCCUGAAGUCUGAGGGAAAUAGCAACUCUGUGGUACAUGCAGAGACCAAAUUGCAAAACUAUGGGGAGCUUGGGCCAGGAACCACUGGGGCCAACAGCUCAGGAACAACCCUUCAGUGGGGGGGCCCAGCUCAGUCUUAUGGAAAACCCUACCGGGGGGCUGCAAGAGUCCCACCACGAGGGGGAAGAGGGAGAGGAGUUCCUUAUUAACAUAGAGACAUCAAAUGCCCUGAAAGAUUCCUUCCCUAUCCAUCUUCCCAUCUAGUUCUCUGAACCUUUAAUGAAAUCACUUGCCAGAGCAAGGUAAUCAUCUGCAUUUGGCUACUACAAUGCUGUCUCUUGUUUUCCUUGCUCACUUGCUGCUAGCAGGCGAGUCAACGAUGUUGGCACCAGUUCUUCCUAAAUGGGCAAUAGCCAGAAUAUUUACUUCUGCUCUGUGUAGGAGCUACAGUAGAAAGUGUAGAGAAAAAGACACAUACAAUUGAAAACUCGUUGUUGCUUUAGCUCGUUGCCUGCAUUGAGCAGGAGAGAACUAUUUUGUUUUGAAUUGGCUCUGGAGAGGCUUUGAUUUUUUUUUUUUUAAAGUUUAUUGUUUUAUUUUCUUGUGUGUGUGUGUAUGUGUGUGUGUAUAUAGUUUCUUUUGAAUUUUUAUUUAGUUUCCCACCCCAAAACUCCCCCAUGACCCUUUAAAGAGAAUAGUAUUCACAAGGUCUGAGCUCCUCUUAGGCCUUUGCUAGAAGGGUAACAGUGGACUGGCUGGCUUAAAUGUUUCCUUCCUCUCUACCAUCUCAUAAUUUUUCCUUCAGUGAGCACCCCCUUUACCCCCGUUGAGCAUCUUGUACAUACCUUUUUCCAAAUAAAUCAUACUUAAGUUUGCUCAAUUUUGACAAAAGUUAUGUCUCUCUUCCUGCACAUAGAGCAGGCUGUAGACAGUGGCAUUCUUGGGCGAGUAGGUAGACUUUACCCAAUCUUUGAUUUUUGUUUGUUUACUUUUUCUUCCUUCCCCUCUCUCCCUGUCCCCCUAUUUUCUUUUUCCUCCUUCCUCCCUUGUGUGUUCACCCCUAUUAUUCUCUCUUUUUGUAUCUUUUUGAGGCAUUUGUUUGGAAAAAAAAUACAUAGUAGAGAUGCCCAAGAACUUGGAAUAAUACUUUUCCCUUUUCUUUCUUUCUUUUUUUCCUUUUUUCUUUAUUUUCUUUUUUUAAUAAAGGAAAGGAAAUUCAAACUCCUACAUUGUUCUCUGUAACUCUUCAAUUCUAAAUUUUGUUUUUGUUUUUUUAAGCCACAUUCUGAUGGGGAGGUUGACUUGUAAAUGGACAGCAUAGGACAUUGCUGCUGAGCUGUGGUUAGAAAUGAUGUCACCAUACCUAAAGGGGUAAUAAGAUCAGUAAGCAUGUUGUUUACAUGAGUAUUUUUGUGUUAGAAAAAGGAAAACCUUUAAAACAGAGCCUUGUGAUAUUGUCAGAGGAAACUCAAUACAUGGACACAUAACCUAGUUUAGGGUAUAUAUCUGAAGAUUUAUCAAUUCCUGCUAUUUUUAACGAAAAAAAUUUAAACAAGGUCCAUGAGAAAGAACAGUAUUGAUAAGUAUACGUCUCAGCAUGUACAUCCAACCAUUUCUUACAGGGAUCAUUUUUGAUUGUGGUAAAGGGUGUAGGGUAUGACUUCCUGACAAGAACUUUGCCUUUGGAGAACAGGAAAUGGACAAGAGGAAGGAUUUCAGAGUGGGAUAACGCGAGAGGCUUCUCAUGGCUUCCAUUUCUGGGUAUCAGCAGCUGGAGUAUUUUAAAAACAGAUUUAUGUCAUAUAAUUGAUCUGCACAGAUCUAGGGUUUGUGAAAUGUUAGGUUAAGCUCCUUUUUACAAAGGCAAACAACAUACUUCACCAUCUUGAAGAGUAGUUUUCAGAAACUCAAGUAAAUUUCAUGUUUCAAUACCAAGUUCUUAUGUUAAAACUAUAUUUAGAAAGGUAUAUUAAUUUUUUUAAAAAUUUAGAGGUGAAAGAACCCUCUUCAGCUACAUAAAAAGUUAUUUUUCCCUUUUUACCGAUAUAGAUAUCAGUAUGUAUAUUUCUUUAUUUUCUGGUUUUGGUCUGGCUUUGUCAUAAGCCAAACACUAAUAGUAAGUGAACCUUCUAGCCAUUUGGCUUUGAUAGCUUUUUAUGCCAGGAUGUCUGGUUAAAUGUCCUAGGCACACUGACAUGCUAUCCAUAGACUGCAUUAAGGUUUACCUGUACCUUCAGUCUCCUGACUAGUCCUCAGAUGUGGGCCUUAUUUUAGAAUAUUUUAAUGUAAGGUAUUAGGCCCCAGUCUCCUAUUUUUGAUUAAAGAAACUGAGCUGGGAUACUUCAAGUAUCUGUUCAGUAAAAAGGAUUGUUUUCCCAUCAAAUAGAAAUAAAUUUCCCUCUAUAUUUUCAUUGUAUUUUGGUUAUCAGCAGUCACCAAUAAUGUUUUCCCUUCCCCUCUGUCACACUGUAUUUUUAAUUAUGCCAAAUAGUCUAAAUAAUUUAUGUAAACUUCCAUUCCCCUAUCCCUUCUAGGGAAGGGGAGUGAGUGUAUGUGAAUGCGUGUAUAUGUAUGUGUGAUCGAUCCCAUUACGCCCUACCCCAUUUUGGGAGUCUAGCCUUUAAAAAAUAUUUUUAUAAUAAUUUUCACUACUUCCGAAAGCAGAGAAAAAAAAACUCAUUUAUAUAUCCUGAAAUCUUUGUGGAGGACGAAAAGAUAUUUGGUCAUUUUUUUGAGCUAUAUUAUCUGUAAACAUAUUGGAAGUAAACAUUUGGCUUAAUUUUCAACCUGAAAGGUAGAAAUCUGGUUAAUUCCAUUCAAAAGUGUUUUCAGUAUAUACUAUUGUAAUACAUUAUUUUGAACAGAUUUGAAAUCUGAUUCUGUUCAUGAAUAAGAAACAAAACUGGCUUGACCAUGAUCUUUUUUUUUUAAUGUGAUUUUAAAAGCAGAUUUGCUUAACCCGAUUUCUUUAGUUUUUUUCAUCUAUCUAUAGGGUUGAGGAUUCUCAAAUAACAUCAGAUAUAUGUAUUUAAAACCAGGGCGGUCAGCACAAAUUUGUAUGUAGGAUUUUUUUUUUUGUUAGCUUAUACUAUAAGCAUCACCCAACGUGUGUGUGGGGUGUGUGUGUGUGUAUGGAUGUAUGUGUGUGUAAUAUGCAUAUAUAAGUACAGUGCUACAGUGGUUACCAGCAGGUUUUGAGAGAGAAUGGUGCAUUGGGAAAGUGUCAGUUGCCACCUCAUUCUUCCUGAUUUAUAGGUUUCUGACACUGUAUUCCUUUCUCUCUCUUGUUUUUGACCCCCAUUGGGUGUACCUUGUCUAUGUACAGAUAUUUUGUAAUAUAUUAAAUUUUUUCUUUCAGUUUAUAAAGAUGGAAAGUGGAGAUUGGAAAAUUAAAUAUUUCCUGUUAAUAUACCA